AUGUCGUCCCCGGUACCGCUUCUGCGGCCGCCUGUUCCUGGUGCUCGAAGCCAGAGCGGCAGCCGAACACCUCGCCUGACGCUCGGAAUCCCUCCAUCACCAAAUGCUCGACCGGUCGCCGCGGAAGCAGAACCAGCGGCUGAGAUCCCACGCUUCAGUUUGGCUGCUAAGGGCCCGCCGAAGUUAUCUCUGGCCACCCCACUGGGAAGCCAGGGCUCAGUAUCAGAAGGAGGAACAAGUCUGAAACCGCAGAUACAACCAUUGAACAUAUCUGCCGUCACUGGAAAUGACGGCGCUGGCAGACCCAGAGGAGAUAGUUUCCACGCUGCCAGCGUGCCCGGAUCUGCAUCUUCCUCGACGUACUCAGCACUGUCCUUUGCAAUGCAUGGAAGACAGGCUGGCACACCAGAUCCAUCCUCGGCCAUCAGUUCAAUCUAUUCGGAAGCGAGCAUAGGCGGGGCGGCCAUGGAGCGGGAGUCAAGCAUGGGUGGAUUGUCCAUCGAUUUUGAAAAACUCAGCAUUGAGAAAGGACGGCCACUCGAUGUCGAAGAUUUAGAUGAUGAAGGUUGGGGAGCAGCAAGUGAGCAGAAAAAGAUCAUCGAACUUGGCUCGUUAGGUGAGGGGGCCGGUGGUGCUGUAACCAGAUGUAUGCUCCAAGGGGGGAAGACGAUUUUUGCUCUCAAGAUUAUCACGACCAGCCCCGACCCAGACGUCAAAAAGCAAAUCCUCCGGGAGUUGAAAUUCAAUAAAAACUGCACCUCCGAAUACAUUUGCCAGUAUUACGGUGCCUUCAUGGACAAGUCCUCAAGUACGAUAUCAAUAGCCAUGGAAUUUUGCGAAGGUGGAAGCUUGGACAGUGUUUAUCGCGAGGUGAAGAAACUUGGUGGCCGAACUGGCGAGAAGGUCUUGGGGAAGAUUGCCGAAGGCGUUCUACACGGUCUCACUUAUCUUAACAGUCGAAAGAUUAUCCACCGAGACAUUAAACCCUCUAACAUUCUGCUCUGCCGCAACGGCCAGGUGAAGCUGUGCGAUUUUGGCGUCAGCGGAGAAUUCGGUACCAAGGGUGAUGCCAACACUUUCAUUGGCACCUCAUACUACAUGGCUCCAGAACGAAUACAAGGACAGUCCUACACCAUCACCUCGGACGUCUGGUCACUCGGCGUGACGUUGCUCGAAGUAGCUCAACACCGAUUCCCAUUCCCUGCCGAUGGGACCGAAAUGCAGCCUCGCGCCGGUCUGAUUGACCUUCUAACCUAUAUCGUAGCGCAACCGAUCCCGAAGUUGAAGGACGAACCCGAAAACGGUAUCAAAUGGAGCGACAUGUUCAAAUACUUUAUUGAGUGCUGUCUGGAGAAAGAACCUCCGAGAAGAGCUACUCCUUGGCGGAUGCUAGAACAUCCGUGGAUGGUGGAGAUGAAAGCCAAGAAGGUCAGCAUGUCGACGUUCCUCAAGCAAGUCUGGGACUGGAAGGAUUGA